GUGGUGGUGGACUACGUGAGCAAGCAGCGCGUCUUCGUUACCUCGUUCUGGGCUCGGCCGUGGAAGCUGACGGACAAGACACUGCGGCCCUGCGAGCCAAGCGCUUUAUCCGGCGACUACGCCGGCAUGGCCACUCCUUCCUCGACAGCUACUUCUACCUGGCCAAGUAUGACAGCACGGAGUCUCGGAAGCGUUCUUUCUACGAGAUCUGGCUGUACAGCACGCCGUUUAAGAGCAAGAAGCGGUUCCAACCAACGGGCAAGCCGCAGGAGCCGCGCCCUACCAACCGCACGCUGGACACCAUCCGCCGACUCUGCAGAGGUCUGGAGUGUCCUCAAUUUGAGGUGCUGUCGGAGCACAGGGGCGGGAUUCAGAAGCGGCACUACUACAACGCUGUGUUCGCCACAUCUCGGAUGGACGGCUGCGACUCCAGCAUUCAGGCCAUGUGGCGGGGACUGAUGCCGCUUCACCUUUACAGGCAAGGAAUUAACUCACACCUGGAGGUGAUAGAAGCCACUCGACCCAUCGGUGUGCUGCGCGUGCACGAGGCCGUGCCGGCCCGCAACACCAGCUGCCGUAUGACGUCACUCAUGUACCUGCCGAGACGGCUACAUCAGAACCCGCCCAACACUGGUCCGUCGGCGCCGCCGACCAGCCUGGCGUACGUGCACGAUCUGCAUGUGUACGUACAGACGGUGGGUGGAUUCGUGCUCGAGCCAGGCCGCGUGGCGGAUGAAGUGACGGCGUUCCGCGCCGAACUAGACGCGCUCCGGCUCUGCUACAGGCCCGACCAGUACUUCGUGGCCGUGUACGACUUCAUCCAGCGCUAUCACGGCCGCCUCAACGAGGUCUGGCUGGUGGCGCGCCGCUGCAGGGGCUGAGUGACGAGGCUGUGGAGCGCUGACGUUCGCACGUGGCGGCGCCACCGUUGUGGCGCCACUGUCCACUGUGGGAAAAUUGAUGGCGCCAUGGUCGGUGGGAGUUACCGAACGCUACGGUGGCGGUGGUAUCGUGACAUUUGAUGAGGUGGCGCUGCAGUCGCAGCGGGCGUAUAGAUGACGCUGCCAUCUUGCGUGCGGCCGGGAGCGGUGCUGCGAGAUGAUCUUGGUGAUGUUUACCGCGUCUUAUGCUGAGAUGGAACUCGGCGCCGUGAUGGGGAGUUUGUCUCGUGAGGUUUGGAUAAAGAUACAGAUGUCAGCUGACGAUGCUGAUUGAAAGGUGCAUUAAAAGAGUCCCAGUCUGAGUGAUGGUCGGCGACAGCAAGCCGACAGCAUAGAGUACAGGUUGCAAACAAGUGAAACAGGUGGCAGGUGUGGGGAGGAUAACGGAGACUGAUAUAACAUCGGAGCUGUGGUCUGGCGUGAUCUUAAAUGAUGUGCCACAUGAUUUGCAACAUAAGAUCAUAUGGAACAACUUGACUAAUACGUUGUGAAGCCCGUGACCAGGGGCGUUGCCGGUUCCAGCAAGAAGGGCUAUCGACACACUGUAAUGUUGCGGUGCGCCCCCACCUUACACUUGGACGGUGGUCUGAUUAUUGGAGUAGACUGACCUUUCUAAUCAGCUGUCUUGUCCGCUCACAGCAGCAGUCUGUCUCUCUCCCAAAAAACAUCGCCUUGCCCUCUGGCUUCAAGUUCUGGCGACGCCCCUGGUUGUGGCUUAAUGAGGCGUCUGUGUGCACUGGCGGAAGAGCUUCUUUUCAAUGUUGAAGGUUAAGCUACCGCAGAAUAAUUUAUGCAGUGAUCUGUGAUUAGAGCUACACAUGGUGUCAUUAUCUAUAUUUUCAAGUGGAACGACGUAUGAGGCAUAUGGCUCUGCACACGUGAGGUUUUAUAAUGCGCACUUGACAUGAGGUUAGGAUGAAUAGGAGAAAUGAUUAAUGGCAUAUGGCUGCUCGAAGCUCACGUGCGUUAUGGACGUAAAUAAAGAUAUGGUUCGAAUUUUUGU